AUGGUGGUCGAGCGCGAUCGCUCCAAUGAACUUUACGCCCUGUUCGAGGGCAUGAAGGGUGCGGGCGGUGGGGGUAUGCAAGACGCGCCCCCCACCGUCCUCGUUGCGGCGGAAGGAAUUCCGCUGCGUCCACACACGGGUCUACAUUCCAGCAGUGAGAUGCAGCUCUUUAACCGAUUCGCCCAGGCGUUUUCCGCGGACCUUGCAAAGGUCUCUGAGUCCAUCAUGCGGCUGACGCGGCUCACCCAGCGGCAGAGCGUGUUUGAGGACCAGUCGUCGGAGAUCACCGGCCUCACACAGAUGGUAAAAUCGUCGUUGCAGCGGCUUCAAACGGAUUUGGAGACACUAGAGGAGCUCAAGCAGCGGGCGCUUGCCGCACAGAAGGCAGCGGCGGCCAAACACGGCGGCGGAGGCGCCAGUGAAUCCCAUAGCUUGUGGAGUUUAGGCGGAAACACCGAUGCUGUCGUACGAACCUCUGCGAAGCAUAACGACACGGUGGUGGACACGCUGCGAACACGACUCGCCCGCACUGGACAAGAGUUUCGUACCACCUUGCAGCACCAAACGCGGGCAAUGAGGGAAAAUGCGCAACGGCGUCAUAUGUUUACUACGAGUGAACGUAUGCAAACCUUCGAAAGUGCAUUGUUUCAGGAUCAGGAGCGACAUCAACUGCAGCAGCAGCAACUGGUGUCAGGCACUAGCAAUGCGCAGUACUACAAACAGCGCGCUGAGGCGGUUCGGGAGCUGGAAGCCACUGUUGUGGAGGUGGGUGAGCUAUUCAAUGACUUUUCCCGACUUGUGCACGAACAGGACGAGGUGGUUCUUCGUAUCGACACGGACGUGGACAACGCGCUGCGGCACGUGAACGCCGGAAGUAACGAACUAAUGCGAUACUUGGCAAACCUGAGCACAAACCGUGGGUUGAUAUUAAAAAUCUUCGGCAUAAUAUUCUUCUUCCUCAUUUUCUUUGGCCUGGUAGUUGUGCGUUAG